CCCUCUGCGUGCGCACCGAUUAGAGCCCGCCGUGGUGAAAGGCUGCCGGGCGCGAGCGGCCGGGCUUGUUCACUGGCUGCGGGGGGUCACUGCGCGCGUCACCGAUUUACUUCUUUGCCUGAUUUCAAGCUGGUGUCAGGUCAGAAAUUAAAAUGAAGUACAUUCUAGUUACUGGCGGCGUUAUAUCAGGAAUUGGAAAAGGAAUCAUUGCCAGCAGCGUGGGCACAAUUCUGAAGUCAUGUGGUUUGCGUGUAACUUCAAUUAAAAUUGACCCGUACAUUAACAUUGAUGCAGGCACCUUCUCUCCUUACGAGCAUGGGGAAGUUUUUGUGCUGGAUGAUGGUGGGGAAGUAGACCUUGACCUGGGUAACUAUGAGCGGUUCCUUGACAUCCGCCUCACCAAGGACAAUAAUCUGACCACUGGAAAGAUAUACCAGCACGUCAUUAACAAGGAACGCAAUGGAGAUUACUUAGGAAAAACUGUCCAAGUUGUCCCUCACAUCACAGAUGCAAUCCAGGAGUGGGUAAUGAGACAAGCGUUGAUACCUGUAGAUGAAGAUGGCCUGGAACCUCAAGUGUGUGUCAUUGAGCUCGGUGGAACAGUGGGAGAUAUAGAAAGCAUGCCUUUCAUUGAGGCUUUCCGUCAAUUCCAAUUCAAAGUGAAAAGAGAGAACUUCUGUAAUAUUCACGUCAGUCUAGUCCCUCAGCCAAGUUCAACAAGGGAACAGAAGAGUAAACCCACUCAGUAUAGUGUUCAGAAACUUAGAGGGCUUGGGCUUUCCCCAGAUCUGGUUGUGUGCAGGUGCUCAGAUCCUCUUGAGACAUCAGUGAAAGACAAAAUAUCAAUGUUCUGCCACGUUGAACCUGAACAAGUCAUCUGUGUCCAGGAUGUCUCAUCCAUCUACCGAGUCCCCUUGUUAUUAGAAGAACAAGGGGUUGUAGAUUAUUUUCUUCGAAGACUCAAUCUCCCUAUUGAGAGGCAGCCACAAAAAAUGCUGAGGAAGUGGAAGGAGAUGGCUGACAGAUAUGACUGCUUACUGGAGACCUGCUCUAUUGCCCUCGUGGGCAAAUACACCAAGCUCUUUGACUCGUACGCCUCUGUCACUAAAGCUCUGGAGCACUCUGCACUGGCCAUUAACCACAAAUUGGAACUCAAGUACAUAGAUUCUACAGACCUGGAGCCGAGCACCUUACAAGAAGAUCCUGUCCGGUACCAUGAAGCGUGGCAGAAGCUCUGCAGUGCUCAUGGAGUGCUGGUUCCAGGCGGGUUUGGCGUUCGAGGAACGGAGGGAAAAAUCCAAGCAAUCUGCUGGGCUCGAAAACAGAAAAAGCCUUUUUUGGGUGUGUGCUUAGGAAUGCAGCUGGCUGUGGUGGAAUUCUCAAGAAAUGUGCUGGGAUGGCAAGAUGCCAAUUCUACAGAGUUUGACUCUAAGACAACGCACCCCGUGGUCAUAGACAUGCCCGAGCACAAUCCUGGGCAGAUGGGCGGAACCAUGAGGCUGGGCAAGAGGAGAACCCUGUUCCAGACCAAGAACUCGGUCAUAAGAAAACUCUAUGGAGAUCCGGAAUUCGUGGAGGAGAGGCACCGCCACAGAUUUGAGGUGAAUCCAGUCUUGAAAAAGUGUUUGGAAGAGCAAGGCUUGAAGUUUGUUGGCCAAGAUGUAGAAGGAGAGAGAAUGGAAAUUGUGGAGUUGGAAGAUCAUCCUUUUUUUGUUGGGGUUCAGUACCACCCUGAGUUCCUGUCCAGACCUAUCAAGCCUUCCCCACCCUACUUGGGCCUUCUCCUGGCCUCUGCAGGGAGACUCCCACAUUACCUCCAGAAAGGCUGCCGGCUCUCACCCAGGGACACCUACAGUGACAGAAGUGGAAGCAGCUCCCCUGACUCUGAAAUCACUGAAUUGAAAUUCCCAUCAAUAAAUCAUGACUGAAUCUGGCAAUGGAUGACUCCUCAAGAGAACCUUCGAACUUUGAUAGAGUUUACAGAUUUGAUUUUACACUGAGCUUUUGACACUUCCUUUAAAUUAUGUUUUUAUUAAAAUUAUUUUAUUAUGGGGGAGUAGGUAUUUGGAAAACUUUGUUACUUUGUUACUGGGGGAGUAGGUAUUUGGAAAACUUUGAACCCUGUCUUAGGCUGGGUUCUCUAGAGAAGCAAAACCAGUAAAGCGUGUAAUUAUAUAUAUAUAGAGAUUUGUAUCAAGGAAAUGGUUCAUUAAGUUGUAGAGACUGGAACAUCCUACGUCUGUGGGUCAGGCUGGAGGCUUCUCCUGAUUCACGUAGCUGCAGGGACUGGUGAACCCAAGAUCAGCAGGUCAGAGAGCAGGCUCUUGCUCAUAGGCUGCGAAGAUCGACGAAUCCCAAGAUCAGCUGGCAAGAAGAGCGAGAGUUCUGACAGCCAGCUGCAGGAUCCAGAGCAAGCAAAAGCCAUGAGCCUUGCCAGAAUGUCCCCAUAUUCGAUGCAGGCCACACGCCCAAGGAAACUCCCUUUCAACUGAUGGGCUGCUCACAGCAGAUCCCGUCAUGGGGGUGAUCCCAACAUCAUAUGACUGCCAAACCACUGAGAAUCAUGGCCUAGCCAAAUUGACACACAGUCUUAACCAUCACAAUGUCCAUCAUGUGUAUUGACUUCUGUGCAAUGUACUGCUGUUGUCACUGCUGUGUGGUUCUUGCGUUUCUGAGAAGAGCAGCAGCAGGUCUGGAAGGGAGCUGAUGAUGGACGGAGCUGGUAGAGUGGCCCUCGAUUGCCAUGUUUCUCCAGUCAUCUUGUGUCAUUGUGGAUUCGAGUGCAUUAUCUGUUGCUUUUCUCUUGGCUGCCUGGGCCAUUAUAAAAAGUGUGCCACGUGGACUUACAAGCACGGAAAGAUACGCUGAGCUAAUUCUUAGAACACUUUGGUGCUGGUAACUUGAGGGCAUUGCUUGCCACCAAGAACACUGAAACCAAAGUCAAAAUCUCAGCACUGCCCUCAGUUAUGGGGACUUUCAUUGCCACCUGUAGCUGAUACUUGUCCAAAGGGACAGUCAACUUUGAUGACGUAUGAAACGACGAAUCUAUUCCUCUCUGAAGUGUGACUUUAAACCCUCCAUGCCUCUGGCCACACCUCCUCUUCCUGAAGCUGGGAAACACUCCUUGCAUCAAGGAGUUGCUUUGAAAAAGAACAAAGAACUUUGGAAAACUGCCUCUGAAACCCUCAUAGAGAGACAGCUUUACCUCGAGGGAACUUCUUUCUUCCAGAUGAGUGUUGCUGCAGUUAGCAUGCAAUAAGAAAUCCUAUUUUCUUAAUGUGAUGUAACAGUAGCCACAGCUGUAUGCCUUCGGUGUUCUGGCUGGACCUAACGUAUGCUAAUUUAAGGAAUAAAUAAUGCAGAAAGAGAGGCAUGGCUUGCUUUUCACUCUCCUUCUGUCCUUGGCCGGAUGGAACCUUCUGAGUGUGAUGCAGGACAUGCCUGCGUGCAGUCUCCUGAGCUCUCAUGGAGGCACCACUCCAGGUGAGCAGCCUUCAGUUGGAGGAGUCUUUCUUUCUAAUAGGAACCAGAAUUUUUCAAAAAGGCUUCAAAUAGAGGUUCUCAGCAUAGAAUGAUAGAGAUGAAAGUCAUGGGUGUUGGAUAUGCUGCCUGACCUUGAAAAAGGGAAAAAAUGGACAUUUAGUAUUCAUUACUGAGGCCCUUCCCUUGGCCCAGCACUGGACUUGGGUGCAUCACCUGCAGAGCCAGGGAGCAGUGGACUGAAGAUGGUGUCCCAACAGCAGGACUGCUUUAAGCACCAGCUCUUCUUCUACCCUGGCUUUCCAAGUAUAGGCCUAGCACCUCGAGGUCACUGUCCUGGAUGAUGUUUUCCCUCCAAAGUGACGUUGUUGUUGUUGUUAGGUACCAUCAAGUCAGUUCUGACUCAAUAGGGACCCUACGAACAACACAAUGAAACACCAGACAAAACAGCACCUGGUCCAUCGCCAUCCUCACAGUUGUUACGCUUUUGCCCAUUGUUGCAACCGCAGUGUCGGUACAUCUCACUGAAGGUCUUCUCUUUUGCUGACCCUCUACUUUACCAAGCAUGAUACCCUUUCUCUAGGGACUAGUACCUCCUGAUAACAUGUCCAAAGUAUGUGACAGGAAGUCUCGCCAUCCUUUAUUCUAGUGAGUAUUCUGGCUGUACUUCUUCCAAGACAGACUUGUUCGUUCUUCUGGAAGUCCAGGGUAUAUUCAGUAUCCUUCACUAACACCAUAAUUCAGAUGUGUUAGUUCUUCUUUGGUCUUCCUUAUUCAUUGUCCAACUUUAACAUGCAUAUGAGGCGAUUGAAAACACCACGACUUGGGUCAGGCGCAUCUUAUAGGUGAAGAAACUGAAGCAAAGUGGUGUAGCAGUGUGCCCCAAGGCACCCAGUCUUUAAGGCAGAGCUUGACUGUAUCCUGACCACUCUGUGUGAUCAGGGCCAGGGCUGGUGCUGUCCCCUGCACACAGGUGCACCUAACAGACUGGUCAAGCAUCCUAGAAAGAACAUUCUCACCCCAGGUACAUGUGAUUUAUUAAGGGCCAUAGACGUCACAAGUUCCAGCAAGCUGGUGUCUUAGGCUGGGUUCUCUAGAGAAGCAAAACCAGUAAAGCAUGUAAAUAUAUAUAGAGAGAUUUAUAUCAAGGAAAUGGCUCACGUAGUUUUAGAGGCUGGAAUGCCCCAAGUCCGUGGGUCAGGAUAGAGGCUUCUCCUGAUUCAUGUAGCCACAGGGGCUGGUGACCGAAGAUCAGCAGGCUGGGGAGCAGGGCUCUUGCUCGCAGGCUGUGAAGAUCGAUAAUUCCAAAGAUAGGCAGGCAGGAUUGCAGGUGAGUUGCUAGCUCAAGUCCCAAGAACUGGAGGUCAGAAGAACAGGAGUCAUCUGUAGGACCUAGAACCAGCAAAAGCCCCCAGGCAUUGUCAGAACGUCCACCUACGCUUGAUGCAGGCCAUGUGCCCAAGGAAACUCCCUUUCAACCGAUUGGCUACUCACAGCAGAUCCCAUCAUCAGGGUGAUCCCAUAUCAGAUUUCAACAGGGAAGUGAGCACAUCACACAACUGCCAAAACACUGAGAAUCAUGGCCCAGCCAAGUUGACACACAAUCUUAACCAUACAGCCAGGAAUGAGGGUUGCAGGGUCAUCUGUUUGGCCUGUAACCAGUUAUUGAAUGUGCCUUACUUUCUGUGGAAGAUGCCAGAUUCCAUUCUAGCCCCGUUUAGUCAUCUGGAGUCCUAGAUCCCAGCCCAGUCAAAACCAGCAUUUUAGGGAGAGGGACAGUCCCUUACAGCUCAACCCUGGGUAGUUCUGGCCAACUUCUUUCUAAAAGUAAGGGUUCCGUGGGGAUUGAGCUGAGAGCAAUUUCUUAGCCACCCAUACUGGGGUCUGCUCAGGGUUGAAGCCCCACAGGGCUAGUUGAAGUGCCACGUGCAGGGCUGCUGGAGGAGAGGAAGCAGAGCACUCCCGGCCAUCUCUAAGCAGCACAGCACCACCUCCCUGGUCAGCCCAGAUGGAGUCUGUUGGCAGAAUUCGGGCACAGGUAGGAAGUACUGCACCUCUCCUGUGUGGUGCACUGGCCCCUCCUGCCCUGGCUUCAGGUGCCUCACAAGACAUAGCAGGUACAGGAGGCUAGCCAGCUGUUUCAGCUCCUGCUGGAGCUGCUCGCUCUCCAGUGUCAACACCUUUACCUUCUCUUCCACCUUGCCCAGUUCUGCCAUCCAUUUCUGAGGGGACAUCAGAGAAGCAGAAGAUGUCCAAGCUGAGCCCUCAGGCCUGUCUGCCUCCCAACCCCACCUCCCAGAUCCUGAUGAGCCUUGCUCACAGCCACUGGGCAACAUGUUGGCACUGUUAGGUGGGGGAAGCCAGGUCCCCUGGCCAUGCCACCACCUCUGACCAAGUUGGCUCUGGAGUCUUGAGGGAGGCUGCCUGAUGUGAAGGCCCUACCAGUAUCCCAGACCUUGGGGUAGACCCAGGAAUGGAUUCUCCAAUAGUGCUUACCUUGCUUAUCAGAUCAUCCAUAGUGAGCAAUUUCACAUUUUUUCAACACAUCAGUGAUAUUCCUUCUAGGUAUAGCUGGCAUCUGUUUCUCUCCCAACGCCACAGAACCUUCCUACAGAAUCAAAGCCUCUUUACAAAUUUAUAAUCCCUGACAGGUGGAUGACUCAGUAAGGUAAGCACGGGCUUUCCUGUGCCUCCGUCGUGAUUUGUAGUGAAUAAUUUCACAGAUGUGGUCAAACCCAUGUAAAAUUGUUCACACAGAUUAGGAAGUAAGAACAAGUAAGUCCAUGCUUACUUGCUUAUUGAGUAAUCUGCCCCUGAGUGGACCCAUCUUCUGCAGCCUCACCAAGAACCAUGGGUAGGGACAGGUUGGCCACCCUGUGGCCAAGUCCUUUCCUCACUCCCUGUCAGCCCCUUGGCCCUCUCUGCUUUGCCACCACUUGAUUGCUUCUUGAAAAGGCCUUUCCGUGUGACCUGCCACCCCUCUUACAGGCCUCCCCUAAGAAGCAGCACCCAGUCCUCCAGGGUUUCUCGUAACUUCAAGAUAGUCCAACCUCCCGCUUCCCAGCCACUCAACAAUUGAAUGCCUUAACCCCUAGACCAAGGAGGUGGGGUAUUCCAGGCAUGGAAGGUGGGAUGUAGAUUUUAGAAAGUAGCCAGGGGCCUUCACCCCCAGGCACAGGCCAGUGGACUACAGGAUGUAGUGGAUUAUUCAGUCCGCCCCCUCUGGUGUACUUGGUGGGUGAUGGUGGAGGACCAAGGGAAACAGUGGCUUGCUCAGGACUGCACAGCAAGCAGCCUAAGGGGCCUUUGGUUAGCAUGGCUCCUAUCUGCCCUCCGCAGCUGCCCUCCUUAACUGCUUGCAUCACUCCUGGGUGGCGCUGCGGGAUAGUGGGCCCCGGAUGCUUCUGCCUGCGUUGAAGCAGCAACACCUCCCCCUCUGGGUCUUCUAGAGCUGCGGCUCGCUCU